UUUCUGUCACUAAAGUUGGUUAAAAAAACAGUGUUAUAUAAAGAGAACUAGCUGUUGCCCGCAACUUCGUCUGCGUGGGCAAUAUAGAAUAGUCAAAAUACUACUUAUUUAUCCCGUAGGUGCAUUCUUUCACGUGACAGUAUAAUUAGGAUUAGCACUUAGCAGUCGCAUAGAUUCAUUGAUCAAGGUUCAAAAUCGUAUUUAAGCGAACGUCAUCAUAAAAUUCUGAUUCGUCAUCAGGACUUCUUCAUAAAAUCUAAGAAGAUGUAUACAAACUUUCAUCCCCUAUUUUAUCCCCUUAGGGAUGGAAUUUAUCAAAAUCCUUUCUUAAGGGUUGCCUACGCCAUAGUAGCUUUAUGCAUGCAAAGUCUCAGUCCGAUCGGUUUAAAAUUGACAAAGUUUCAUACAAACUUUCAUCCCCUAUUUUAUCCCCUUGGGGGUAGAAUUGAUCAAAAUCCUUUCUUAGCGGAUGCCUACGUCAUAACAUCUACCUGCAUGCCAAAUUUCAGCCCGAUCCGUCCAGAGGUUUCAGCUGUGCGUUGAUAGAUCACUAUGUCAGUCAGUCAGUCAGUCAGUCACCUUUGAGUUUUAUAUAUUUAGAUAUCUAUUCCUAAAUGACGUAUAAUGGUUUUUUUUCUGUUUUUUUUUUUUACUAAUUAUGGUAUGGUUAUCAAUGUUGAUCGCGAGAAUGAGAGAAUGACUAGGAUCAUAGACAUACUACGGUAUACCUACGCACUAAAUAAACAGGAAGUUUAAAUUAUAUGCGGCUAUAGAAUGGAGACCGUAAAACUCAGUGGAUUGCCCUGAACAAAUUGUAGGAGUCUCAUAAUUGAAUUAUCUACAUGAGCUUGCACGUUACGCGAAAUUUACGCUUCAAAAAAAAUCACCAGACAUUAUAUAUGUAGAUACCUACUUUGCAACUAUGCUCCAAGAAGCAAUAAAUAAUAUUAAUUGUAGGCUAGGUUGUAAUCUAUUUUAAAAUGUCCUUAAUGAUCGCGGUUUUGGCACGUAUGUAGGUAUUGUUAAUCGAGAAGGACAUCAAAGUGUAACAGACAGUUAAGCUUGUUUAGAUUUUCUGUAAUUCCCAUAUAUGACAAUAUUGACAAUGGCAUUCAAAUUAGAGCCAGAUAAAAUCUUAACCGAGACAACUAAAUACAUAACAAAUACUACUUGAACAUCACGACAUACUUAUUUCUGAUAUACUCGUUAUAGAAGUGGUAUAAUAUUGCAAUUUCCAAUUGGCCACAUGAGGUUUUCCUGUAAUUAGUGGCCGUGGUCCGGAGCCGACCAUGUAGCCUGACAGCCUGACAGCCGUGACUGAUGACUAUUGUCUGAUAUCAUGCUGGAUAAGGACAGUAAAUAGGUACCUAUGUACGUUUUAAUAUGGAACGGUACUCAGGGAUAGGUAAAAUGAACUAAGUAUACUAGAAUUUAUUUGAUGUCCUAUUGCAGGAAUAGAGAUUCCUAUCCUUGAUAAAGAGUAUUCCCUGAAUUUUUCAGGAAGCCAGCUUCGAUUAUAGGAAAUAAGUCUGCGUGAAUAAUCAAGUCCAAACACCUGAACCUUUUAUUUAAGAUUCAUUUAGUCUCCCUAGACUAACUCUGCCGGUGCUCAGGACUGUUCCCAAAAGGGACAGCGGCCCUGGUACACCGAGGGCUGAUGUUUUGUUAUGCAAGGAAGACGAGAAUGUAUAUCACACAAAACCCACAACUUCCAUAAAAAUAUAGAGUCCACUUAAUUCAAAAGCGCAUUAAGUACAGAGCGCAUGUCACCCAACAAUUAGUCAUAUUUGGAUGGAGCUUGUCACCUUUUGUGUCUGAGGGAAGUGAUGCGUGGACGCCGUUAUCAUAUAUAGGGUGUUCCAUGACCACCAGGCGACAUUGUUUGUGCUGCUGUGGUCGUCAACAUGUGCCUUGUGAAGUAUCACGUGCUUAUAUUCUGCUUAAUAGUAGCGGAAAGCUAUGCUUUGAAUUGUCGAUCGAGUGGAGGACCAAAAGAAGCCGAGCUGAAAAAUAUUUACAAGAAAUGUUUGAAGAUGCAAGAAGGACGUAACUCAAGCAGAGGAAAUUCUGAUCAAGACUGGAAAGAUUCCCGAGGUCAAAUACAGAGAAGCGACUGGGAAAGAGGUCGAAUAGGGAGUAGAGAAAAUAAAAGCAGCAGAGAUGACAGGAUGGGUGGUAAAGAUAGAAAAGGAGGCAGUAGUAUGAGGGAUAGAAAUUAUAUGAUGGGGAGAAGUGACGAUAGAAUGGAUAGAAAUGAUAACAGGAGAAACAGGGAUGAUGAUAGAAUGAGCAGUAGCAAUGAUAGAUCGGGAGGUAGAAAUAGAAUGGGCAAUCAAAACAAUAGGAAUGAUAUGGCAAAUAACCGCGAUGAUAGGUAUGGUAGAGAAGAUUAUUUCAACGGCAGAGAAGACUUUCCGCAAAGCGAUGAAUUUGGAGGCGGAAUGGACCAGUACAACAACUAUCACUCAACGACUCAAUCACCGAGGAGGUGCAAAAGGGAGAGGCGUCCAGAGAACUCUGGUCAAAGAACUCAAUACAAUCCUAACAGUCACAAAAUCUCCGGCUACGAAGACAACUUCCGAUCUGAUGAGAAGAAUUCUACAGAAAAUAGCUCCAACAAGGAGACGGAUAAUAAAGCUUGUGCUUUGCACUGCUUCUUGGAGAAUUUAGAGAUGACAGGGGAAGAUGGCAUGCCAGACAGAUAUCUGGUGACUCAUGCGAUCACCAAGGAUGUUAAGAACGAAGACUUGAGGGAUUUCCUGCAGGAGUCCAUUGAAGAAUGCUUCCAGAUCUUGGAUAAUGAAAAUACGGAAGACAAGUGCGAGUUCUCGAAAAACCUAUUGAUAUGUUUAUCGGAGAAAGGAAGAGCUAAUUGCGACGACUGGAAGGAUGACUUGAAGUUCUAGCCAUAGACAGUGCCUUCGUAAUCACGAACCGUUGUACUUUAUUAUACAA